AUGGCAAGUCGUGGACGCCCACGUGGCUCGAGCUCGAGCUCAUCAAACCUAGCAAAGCACAUGAAGGAGAUGGCCAAGGCAAUGAAGGAGCAGGCCCAAGCCACCACUUUGAUGGCCCAACAACUGUCCACUAGGGACAAGGAUCCCAGUAUUUCCAGGCUGGAAGUGGGACAGACCCGUACAAAUUUUGCUGACUUCAAGAAGAUUGGUCCACCUGAGUUUCGUGGAGCCCUCGACCCUGAUAUGGCAGAAGAAUGGCUAACAGAAAUGGAAAAGGAUGGAGCAAGACGGUUGUUGGAGGAUGCUGGAACAGAUAUAAGUUGGGCCACCUUCAAAGAAGCUUUCUACAAGAAGUACUUUCCCCUUUCUGUUCGAGAGUCCAAGGAGAUGGAGUUUCUUCAGCUGAGGCAAGAUAGGACGAGUAUUGCAGAGUACACAGAGACUUUUGAGAGACUCUGCAAAUUUUCCGCCAUGUAUAAGGCUAAUCCAGAUGAAAACAAGUGCCAGGUGAUCGAAGAAUGCACCAAAAAACUAGCGUCGGAAAGAAGCGAGGCUUUCAAGAAAAGGCAACUGAAUCAAGAAUCAUCUCAGCAGUUGCCGCAGAAGAAGGCCUUUCUUGAGAAACCUACAGGAAGGCAACCUCAACAGGGCACGGAUUGCCAGGAAACUCCCACUGAUGCCUCACCAAAAACCACCGAACUCAAGGAGUGUGCUUCAUGUGGGAAGCGACAUAGGGGUAGGUGCCUUGCCGGACAAAAUGUCUGCUUCCGGUGUUCUCAGCCGGGGCAUAUUGCCAGAGAAUGCCCAGCAGUUCUCCCACCCCCUGCCAAUCCACCACAGUGUCAAGGGCGAGUCUUUGCCCUCAGCGGCGAGGAAGUCCACGAGUCAGAAGAUCGAAUCGAGGGUAAAUGCACAAUGAAUGGAAUCCUUUAA